AUGGGAGAUAACCAGAAAAUUCAUCCCGCAGUGGAUGUGGAAGCACCAGCACCAACAGCAUCAUUGGUGUCUUGCGGCUUAGCAACAUCUGAAAAGGGUGGUUCAAGUCUGAGUCAGCGGCGACCUCCACAGCCAUUACGUACCGUUCCGGCAGUUAUGCAGUCAAGUAAACCAUCGCAAACCACAAGAAGUUGCUGUUGCAAGUGCAUAUGUUGGACAGUAGGUCUCCUUGUCCUUCUAUUAGUUGUUGUCGGAGCCACCGCAGGCAUUCUUUAUCUCGUCUUCAAACCAAAAAUCCCCAACUACUCCGUUGAUAGCUUGACUAUAAGUGACCUGAGGCUCAACUUUGAUAUGAGUCUAUAUGCUAAGUUCGACGUGAAGAUCACAGCCAAUAACCCCAACAAGAAGAUUGGAAUUUACUACGAGAAAGAUGGGCUGCUGAGUGUAUGGUACACAAACACUAAGCUUUGUCAAGGUUCAAUUCCAAAAUUCUACCAAGGUCACCAGAACAUCACAAAACUGGAUGUGAGCUUGACAGGGCAAACACAGGAUGGAAACACUUUAAUGAGAGCAUUGCAAGAGCAACAACAAACAGGACGUAUUCCAUUGGAUCUUAAAAUUGAUGCACCAGUUGCUAUUAAACUUGGGAGGUUGAAGCUGAGGAAGGUGAUGAUCUUGGGGAAUUGCUUGUUGGUGGUAGAUAGCUUAUCUACCAACAAUCGGAUUAGCAUCAAGGCUAGCAACUGCAAGUUUAGAUUGAAGCUUUGA